AUGACAACGUCUGCAGAACAGUCAAACAUGGCCAGCGAGCCGAGCUCUGGCCCAUCACCACGGAAAUUCAAGGCAUCCGAGUUGCCGCUGCCAUCUGCGACGCGAGCAGCAAUUGAAUCCCUGGCGCAUAGCUUCAAAAAAGAAGGCGCCUACGAUUCAAUAAGGAAACAAGUUUGGGACAAGUUCGAAGCCAGCGACUACGAGGCUCAAGUUACAAAGGCAAUUCUAGAGGUUGCAGAACAAGAAGUUGAGCGCAAUCCGCAUCAACUCCUGACAUUAGACCGGAGAAAGGCUGCAGCACUGAUUGACGGCGCGUUGGAAAGAUCAGGCGUGUAUCACAAGGCUGAAGAAGUCAUUGGGAAGCUGAUCGACGUCGAGGCAAUCGAGCAGAGCAUUCGAGAAAUUAGGCGAGCAGAGAUUGGCGAGCAAGAGGCCAGUGAGGAGCAGAAACGUGGAGCAAAAACCGAUGAAGAUUAUGCUGCCGACACAGCUGCCAAGCAGGCCGAGCGGGAAAGGGUGCGGGAAGAGCUGAGGCAGAAGGAAGCAGCCAUUGAAGAGGAAAAGAGGCGUAUCGCCAAGGAAGAACGCCGUCGGGAAGAAAAAGAGCGUGAAAAGGCUGAAAUCAAACGCCAGGAAGAACGAGACGAGCGACGGAGGAAACGAGAGAAGGAUCGUGAAGAGAGAGAGCGACUGCGCGACUUGGAGCGAGAACAAAGACACAAGGAGCGAGAGAAGCGAGAAAGGGAUGAUAGGGACGCUGAUCGAGAGAGAGAUCGGGACAGAGACCGGGACAGAGAUCGAGACAGGGACAGGGACAGGGACAGGGACAGAGACAGAGGCCGCGACCGAGACCGAGACCGAGAUCAUGAUCGUGAGCGCGACCGCGACCGCGACCGCGAAGGCGGAAAUUCACGUAAAGAGAACGCGGUUCUGCCUGAGGAAUUGAAGGAAAAGAUGUCCAAAGAGGACCAUGAGCGGCUGGAACAGGAAGCUUUGGCCGACCUUUUGCGUGAAAGCAGCAAGUCGACUCGCACAAAGCUCGAAAUGGACAUCGAUUCCACCUUGGCCCCUCCUCCUAGGAAGACUGGCCCAGCCUCGGCCAUCAACCCAAUUCGAAGGGACUCUUCUAAAACUGCCGAGUCUAGAAAACCCAUUGAUAGAAGAGACUCGAGGUCGUCCAUGGACGCGAAACCAUCCGGAUUGAGAGAGGAGCGUCGUUCUAGUAGAAGUCCGUCUCGAGCUCAUGACGCGGAUCAUGAUAGAGAUAAAGAGAGAGAUCGGAGCCGUCAAAGAGACACUGACGAUCGACGUCGCCGUGAUCAUCGGUCUGACUCGCCAAGGCGAGACCGCAGUCGUUCCAGAAUUAGAGAUAGGCGGGAUAGGAGCCGCUCAAAGCUGAGGAGGGACAGAAGCCGAUCUCGCCACCGAAGGGAUGACAGACGCGAACGUAGCCGCUCAAGGCCUAAACGUGACCGCUCUGCUAGAAGCAACUCACGACGGCGAGUCCCAAGUCGGUCACGGGCUCGAUCUACUAGGCGAGAGAGAAGUCGUUCACGAGUCAAAUCCGACCGCCGGGACCGUAGUAGGGAUCGUAGCCGAGACCGUCGAGACCGCUCACGCUCGCAUUUACGAACAGAUCGACGAGAGAGAAGCCGUUCACGCGCUGCUCGACGACAUCGCAGCCGGUCAAGAGAUAGUCGUCGUGGUGUUGCAGAUUCUUACUAUCCUACUAGGUCGGACGCUCGGUCACCCCGUCGCCGCAGCCGUGAUCGAUCUGGCGAUAGAGACAAAGAUUGGGAUCGAGAAAAGGAUCACAAGGACCGGGACCGGGACCGAGACCGAGAAAGAGAUCGUACGCGAGAUCGACGGAGCCGAUCGCGAUCUCGCCCCGGUUCAUCGACUGUGCCACACGCGGCCACCAAGGAUGAGCUAGAAGAGUGGAAACUUGAAGAAGUCAAAAAGCGGGAGAAAGAAGCCAAGGCUUACCUGGCGGCUCAGAAGGACGCCAGAGAGAAAGGCUUGCCGAUCCCCGGCGUUGAUGACAAGAACAGUGGUGAGAAAACACUUGCGACACGACACAAGGGUGAUGGACAAGCAGUUGACAGAUAUGCCCCUGGAGGCCGGGACGAGAGACUUAGGAGCAGGUCGCGCAGCAACAGUCGGGACAGGGCCCGGUAUCGCGAGCGAGACAAUAGAGAUCGAGAUAGGGACCGGGACCGGGACCGGGACCGACGAGACCGCGAUAGAGAUCGUGACCGAGACAGAGACCGUGAUCGAAGAGACCGUGACCGGGUCCGCAGCCGGGAGAGAGACCGAGAUCGAGACCGAGACCGAGAUAGAGACAGAGACAGAGACAGAGACCGAGACCGAGAUCAUGAUCGUGAGCGCGACCGCGACAGGCGCAACAGACGAGAUCGAAGCCAAUCGCCUCGCCGAGAGAGACAUCGCAGCCGAAGCCGCCGUCGGAGUCGGAGUCGAUGA